AUGGAAUCUAUAGCUAAUCGUUUACAAGAACAAGAAAUUCCUUGUUGGAUGUUUUUUGAUUGUUUAUAUCAAAUAACAGCAUAUUUAGAUAAACCAAUAGGUCUUAAAUUAUAUCCACUUAUUGAACAAAUAGUUAAAUUUUAUCCACAAUCAAUUGUUUAUCCAUUUAAAUUAAGUUAUGAAACACUUCAAUAUUCAACAAAUGAUUCAACAUUAAAACAUAAUCUUGAAAUCAUACGUCAAAAAUUAGAUCGUCAUACACUACUUGUUAAUGAAUUUAUUCAAGCAUUAAAUCAAUUAAAUCCAC